AUGGCUACUGUUGCAGAGAUCAAGCUGGCUGCUUAUUUGGCCGAACAUAACAUAGACUUUAACGCUGCAGAUCAUUUGGGCUAUUACGUUACGCACGUAAACCACCAAGAUUACCAAAGCACGCAGACAUUACGCUGGUUAUAUGUAACGGUGCGAAUGGUCACGCCAUUUGCUUUACAAGCGAAUAGCAAACAACAAACAACGGGAGUGAUUCCUCGUGCUAAACAUGUGGGAAGGUUGUACGGACCGCACGGGACGAAGGUUCGGAAGCGGUGGUUGUGCCGGUUGCGGGGGCGCGGUGCGGGCUGGUCGCGCCUCACGAUCUUGCCGAGCAGGCCGAGCAGCGAGCGGCUCAGCGGGCGCGGGGGCACGCGCGCCUCGCCGCCGUCCACGCCAAGCACCUCCAGCUCCACGGCGUCGGAGCGCGCGCACAUCCGCGCCGCUACCGCGCCAUGCCGCGCCCCGGCCAGCCCGCGAGCGCGCUCCGCCACGGUGCCACACGCGCGCUACGGCCCGCCGCGGGGCCGAUACUCGCGUCUCGCGCACGGUACACACUAG